CGCUCUCUCCUCCUCUCCAUGGUUGAGGUACAGUAAUCUGGCGUGUUGGAGGCCAUAGAGACGUGGCUGUUUCUGGUGUGAUAUUUCAGUGGAGAAAAGGCUGCAGAGUCCGGAGUGGACAGUCCCCGCGCUUCGAGUAUGUUUCUAUAACAAGAUUCUCAGAAGAUCCUUUUGUUUUAGAUUUUGAUCUUUUAAAUCCGACAGAAGUAGCUGAGUUUGGACUGGUAAUUACAAUUUGGCUGGAGUCGAUCUUCUAAAUUCAGGAUAUGCUUUGGUCAUGUCCCAAAUGGAAAAUGAAUCACUGAGAGAAGAUGUGGGUGAACCUGAUGAAAACGUGCAGAAGACAGUAGAUGAAGAAGUGAUCAAGAAUAAUGGUGAGGAAGUCGAACCUACAUGCAUGACCCAGAAAAAUCCAGAAGCCAAAAUCACUGAGCUCAGUGGAGCACAAGAGCCCCAGGUCUCAGGUCCCAUUGAGAAGACUCAAACAGGAUGGGGAUAUUGGGGAAACUGGGGGAAAUCAUUGCUUUCAAGUGCUUCUGCUACAAUGGCCACUGUUGGUCAUGGAAUCUCAAAUGUCAUUGAAAAAGCAGAAACAUCCCUAGGGAUUCCCAACCCUACUGACUUAUCAUCUGAUGCCAGAGAUGCAAUAAAAGAAAGCCAGAAUUCUGAAGAAGUAAGUGAUGACAGAAAAGAGACUGAAAAUCCUUCACCUCUCAGUGGUGCUUUUGGAAUGUUUUCUACUAUUUCUUCUGCUGUUCAGAGCACAGGGAAAACAGUGAUAAGUGGAAGUCUGGAUGCAUUAGAAUACAUUGGUAAAAAGACUAUGGACGUGAUAGCUGAAGGUGAUCCUGGAUUUAAGAAAACAAAAGGCUUGAUGAACAGAAAUUCCACACUAUCUCAGGUCUUGCGAGAGGCCAAGGAAAGAGAACAACAGAGGACAGCUGCUGAUGUUUCCAUGACUACAGAGAAGAAAGCACAUUAUGGAUUGCUUUUUGAUGAGUUUCAGGGGCUUUCUCAUUUGGAAGCCUUAGAGAUGCUUUCCAGAGAGAGUGAAUCAAAGGUGAAAUCUGUUACAAGUACACUUUCUGGUGAGGAGUUUGCUACUUUAAAGGAAGAGCUGGAAAAGCUGAAAGAAGCAUUUUCAUUAGCUGAAUUUGAGGACGAUGAAGAGGACGAUGAAGAAAAAAGAGAAGACGAAGAUUUCACAAUUGAAGUGGGCAUACUCUUUUCACAGCUGCGCAUCUCUCUAAAACCAGCUAAAUUGCUCCAAGCAAGGAACUCUGCUCAUGAAUUAGUUAAAAACCUCAGCGUGCAAGUGGUCAAAGAAGCAGAACAGCAUGAAGGAGAAGGAGACCAGGAAGUGGGCUCAGGUGAUACUGAACAAGAGAAUAAAAAGUCAGUGGAGGAUAUUCACAUGGUUGCAAUCAGAAGCCUGGCUGAAUUGACAGCUUAUUCCAUUGAAAUGUUCCACAAAACUGCAGCACUCGUUCUUCAUGGACAAAAAGAUGAUGUGUUGGCUAUAAACCGAGCUAAAACCCUUUCCCAAAUGACCAUUAUGCUGUGCAAAGAAUUAUCAUCUCUCUCUAAAGAAUUUGCCACAUGCUUAACAACUGCAGGGGUGGAAGAGAAGGCUGAUGUGCUCAACCCUUUAAUCACAGGAGUGUUUUUGGAGGCUUCUAACAGUGCCUCCUAUAUCCAAGAUGCCUUCCAACUACUUUUGCCAGUGCUGCAGAUCUCGCAUAUCCAGACUCAGAAAGAAUUAUCUCAGCAAUAAAUCAAAGUCUGACUGACUUGGAACAUCACUUCCAAUGGCCCUGAAUGGAAGUUCCAGAAGAAAAUGAGAAAGCAUCUUAAUAUAAAUUAAGACAGAUGUGAUUUACCACUGACCAGAAUAAGAUGCUGAAAGGCCAUGAUGCACCUCGGUAGAUAAGACCUAUAGGCAGCAUAGGAAGUUUGUAAUGCAAUUUAUUUGUGUCAUUUUGCUGGAUAAUGUUCUGUCUGCUUCUGCUCUUUAGACCCUCUGCAUUAUGUUCCUUGAGAUUAGAGCAUUAUGAAGGAAAGACUUUUAGUGCAAGGGACACAUAGCAUAACAAUUCAUGGCAUGAGACCUUAGAUUAUUGGAGUCAGUAACUGCUGCAAACUUGCAUUAUACUCACAUUGAAAUACUAUUUUAAGUAAAAUGCCUAGCACUCCAAAUACUGAGAAAAUUUGUUUCAGGACAUGUGAGUGUUUUUUCAACUGUCUAUUCUAAGAUCUGGAGAUCCCAAAGGGAAAAAAAAAACCCCGCUAAGGUUGCAGCUAAGGUUAUUUGAAAGGAGAAAAGGGGCAUUUAUAUAUCUUGACUUGCUCCCCAUUAAACAUGAUUAUGUUUCAGGUGUGAAAAGGUUUUAGACAAAUCUGAUCUUUUAUUGUUGUACACUCUCUACUAGUGCUAGUUUAGAGAUUUGGGUUGUUUUUUUAAAGAAAAACUUUUACAUAAUAGCAUUUGACGUUUAAAUAAACAUAUUUUGCUAGACCUCAUUUAGUCAAUAGAUUUUCAGUGUCCUACUUCCUUAGCAGUAAAUAAAAGGAGCCAGAAGGAGAUGACAUGAUUUGAAGAAAAGUAAGGCUUUUGGCAAAUGCUCUGAGAUAAGAUGGCCAACCUAUAAAUUUUAUAAAUAAAUAAAAUGAAGCUGUCAAGGGAAGCUUACAACUUGGAUGCAGCAUCUUUUUCCCCUUUAGCCCUAUUUCAUGACUCUGGAUACUUCUAUGAAAAUAAUUUUUGAGGUUCUGGAACUUUGCCUGAAUUCCCAAAUUGUGAUUUAAUUCUUCAUAUCAUAACUCCAAAGACUUUAGAGUACAGUUUCCUCUUGUCUUUUUGGUCCAAUUGUUACUUGUACAAUUUUGUCUUGUUCCAUAAUGUAUAUGUUUACUUGUUCCUUCCUAGAAUCUGCUCAGGGAAAUUCUACCAACUUUUAUGUUUUGAACAAGCAGCUUGCUAUGAUUACAGUGACUCAAUAUCACUUCAGCAAAGAAACAAAAAAUGAAUUGCAACUUGUUUUACUUUAGUGAAUGGCCUUGCUUUUGCCUUUAUUAGCAUGUCUUUGUUCUAAUUCCGAUUCUGAAUUUCCAUCUGGUUGCUUGAUGGUCUUAGAGUUAGUAAAUUACGUUAUUACCAUAUUAUAGCAUUAGCAAGGCAUAUUGAAAUAAUGCAUCACAUACAUAUACAUACAUGUGUGUAUGGGUUUAUAAGUGUGCAUAUGUGUGUGUGCAUUUAUAAAUAUAUAAACAUAUAUACAUACACAAACGCACACACACACGGUAAAAAUACCCAGUAACUUUACAAACAUUAGGUUUUUUUAGAUAGUUUAAUUUCUAGCAAAAAAUCUAUUUUAUCUAUUCUAAAUAUGAAUAUGUACUAUAUUGUAUACAGAGAAUAAAUGUCUUAUGAUGCAAUAAGGAAAUGGCUGCUUUAUUAAAUAGGUUGCCCAUUGAAUACAUACAGUUAUUAAUGUUCAGGUGAACAAAUCAAUAUUUUGCCAUGUGCUGCUUUCAUUUUUUGCUUAUUCUUGUAUAGAAGAAAUCUGCAUUGUUUCAAAAUAGUGGGAGUGAUAGCAUACUUGGUGAAUAUACAGUAUAUUGCGAAGAA